CUGGAAGCCUUUGCUCACUUUUUUAUGAAAGACGGUUGUAAGACAUUGAAAUUUUUGUACCAGGAAGGAGAUGUCCCUGGCCUUGAGUGUGGUCGAACUAUUGCUGGAGCAACCAAAGGGGGGAAAAUGAUGAGAUUAUAUAUAGACAACGCAGCCCCGGAGAAACUAAAAGGAUUAUGUGUAUUUUUUGUUCGCUGUCACAAUGAUGUUGCUAUAAAUAUUAAAAAUAUUCAUGAGGAAGUGCUAUUUACUGUACUGGAUGCAUCAACAGGAAUCCUAAAUGGGAUUAAGAAUAUGCUGUCAAGUGUAUUCCUACCAGCUAUUCUUGCAACAAAUAAUUGGGGUGCUCUAAACCAGUCCAAGCAAGGAGAAUCUGAAAAACACAUUUUCACUGAAACCAUCAACAGAUACCUUUCAUUUUUAGAUGGUGCUAGAGUAAGUAUUGAGGGAACAGUUAUGUUAAAGAAGGUAGAAAAUAUUGAUUUUUCCAAACUGCAUACAUUUGAAGAAGUGGCAGCUGCAGCUAGCAAUUCAGAAACUGUUCGUCAGCUAGAGGAGGUGCUGAUGACAUGGUAUAAACAGAUUGAACAGGUACUUAUUGAGAGUGAGCAGAUGAGAAAAGAAGCUGAUGACUCAGGUCCACUCACCGAAUUGGAACACUGGAAACGCAUGUCAGCCAAAUUCAAUUACAUUAUUGAACAGAUUAAAGGGCCAAAUUGUAAGGCUGUCAUAAAUGUGCUUAAUGUUGCACACUCCAAAUUGUUGAAGAAUUGGCAUGAUUUGGAUGCAAGAAUAACAGAUACAGCAAAUGAAUCAAAAGAUAAUGUCAGAUAUUUGUACACUCUAGAAAAAGUAUGUCAACCUCUGUAUAACUAUGACCUAGUUUCCAUGGCACAUGGAAUACAAAAUUUGAUUAAUGCCAUCAGAAUGAUUCACAGUGUGUCACGGUAUUAUAACACCUCAGAGAGAAUGACUUCAUUGUUUAUCAAGGUAACAAAUCAAAUGGUGACGGCAUGUAAAGCAUAUAUUACUGAUGGAGGAACCGUCCACGUAUGGGAUCAGGAAACACCGCUCGUAUUAAAGAAAAUUCAGGAUUGCAUUUUUCUAUUCAAGGAAUAUCAGACAUCUUUUCAUAAAACAAGGAAACAGAUUUUAGAAUCCUCAGGGGAAAAAUCUUUUGAGGUUUCAGAAAUGUAUAUAUUUGGAAAAUUUGAAGCUUUCUGCAAAAGACUGGAGAAGAUUACAGAAAUGAUAACUAUUGUGCAAACAUAUUCAGCCUUGAGUAAUUCCACCAUAGAGGGAAUAGAUAUUAUGUCAAUAAAAUUCAAAAACAUGUAUCAAGGGGUUAAGAAAAAACAAUAUGACAUUUUGGAUCCAAGAAGGACAGAAUUUGAUACAGAUUUCUCAGAGUUCAUGACAAAAAUCAGUGGUUUAGAGAUACAAAUACAAGCAUUUAUGAACAGUACUUUUGGGAAAAUCUUAUCUUCUCAGCAGGCCCUUCAGCUGCUUCAAAGAUUCCAGAAGCUGCAAAUCCCCUGUCUUCAGUCAGAAAUAAACCAUACAAUUGAGCGUAUUCUUCAGUUUUAUGUGGCUGAACUUGAAGCUACUAAGAAGCUUUAUCAUUCUCAAAAAGAUGACCCUCCUCUUGCUCGCAACAUGCCCCCUAUUGCAGGAAAAAUACUUUGGGUGAGGCAGCUCUAUCGACGGAUAAGUGAACCCAUCAACUAUUUCUUUAAAAACUCAGAAAUUUUGUCAAGUGCGGAAGGUAAAGCUGUCAUUCGUCAGUAUAACAAAAUUUCCUAUGUUCUGGUGGAAUUCGAGGUGGUCUAUCACACAGCCUGGGUCAGAGAGGUCUCGCAGUUACAGUAUGCUUUACAAGCCACACUUUUUGUGCGACACCCAGAAACUGGGAAGUUGCUGGUUAAUUUUGAUCCCAAAAUUCUGGAAGUUGUUCGGGAAACUAAGUGCAUGAUAAAAAUGAAGUUGGAUGUACCAGAACAGGCAAAGAAAUUGCUAAAAUUGGAAAGUAAAUUGAAAGCAGACAAAUUGCAUUUGCAGGGUCUUCUGCAGUAUUACGAUGACUUAUGUCAGGAAGUGCCUUCGGUGUUUGUCAAUGUGAUGACCCCUAAAAUGAAAAAGGUGGAAUCUGUGUUGAGACAAGGGCUCACAAUAUUAACAUGGUCAUCUUUAACACUGGAAAGCUUCUUUCAAGAAGUUGACUUAGUUUUGGAUAUGUUCAAUCAACUUUUAAAGAAGAUCAGUGACUUGUGUGAAAUGCAUAUUGAUACAGUUCUAAAGGAGAUAGCCAAAACUGUGUUAAUUUCCCUGCCCGAAGGUGGUGCUACCAAAGUAGAAGAUAUGUUGACGCUUAAUGAGACGUACACAAAAGAAUGGGCUGAUGUUCUAAACCACAAAAGUAAGCAUGUGGAAGAAGCUGUCAAAGAACUUAUAUCAAUAUUUGAAAAUAUUUAUGAAGUUAAGUACAGUGGGAAAACAGCAAAACCAUUACCAGCGCAGCAUGCUAAAAUGUCUGGAGACAUUUUUGGUCGUCAUGCAGCAUGGGGGAUGCUGCUGGCAUCUAGUGGCCACCAUGGACGAAGGCGAUCAGAAGAUGUUGUUUCCUUUAUAAAAACUGAAGUACAUCUUGCAAUUCCAAAUGUGGUAAUGAUUCCUAGUUUGGAUGACAUUCAACAAGCCAUCAACCGGAUGAUCCAGCUCACCCUGGAGGUCAGCAGAGGAGUGGCUCACUGGGGGCAACAGCAGACCCGUCACAUCAAGCCUGCCGUCACCAGUCCCAGCCGUACUGCGACUGAUGUGACCCCUGUAAACGCAGCAAAACCGGCCAAGAAGGAAGAGAGAUCUUUUGAAGAAAUUAUUCCUGCAAGGAAGCUGAAGAAUUUUUAUCCGGGGGUAGCAGAGCACAAGGAUAUUUCCAAGUUGGUUCUCCUCCUUUCUUCCUCUGUGAAUUCUCUACGAAAGGUAGCUCACGAGGCCUUGCAGGACUUUCAAAAGUACAAGACGCUCUGGACCGAGGACCAAGACGUGAAAGUGAAGGAGUUUUUGGCUAACAACCCCUCUCUGACUGAAAUCAGAUCAGAAAUUCUACACUUUGCUACUUUUGAACAGGAGAUCAAUGAGUUGAAGCCUAUUAUUGUUGUGGGAGCACUUGAAUUGCAUACAGAGCCAAUGAAACUGGCCUUAUCAAUUGAGGCUAAGGCAUGGAAGAUGUUACUCUGUCGCUACUUGAAUGAAGAAUACAAAAAGAAAAUGUCAGACAUGAUAGCAUUUAUCAAUGAAUACUUGAAAAAGUUGUCUAGACCUAUUCGUGAUUUAGAUGAUGUCAGGUUUGCAAUGGAAGCCUUAUCAUCUAUCCGUGAUAACGAAAUUCAAAUGGACAUGACUUUGGGACCAAUUGAAGAAGCCUAUGCUAUUUUAAACAGAUUUGAAGUUGAAGUGACCAAAGAAGAAUCAGAAGCAGUUGAUACCUUGAGAUAUUCUUUCAACAAAUUGCAGAGCAAAGCUGUUUCUGUGCAAGAUGAACUAGUUCAAGUGCAGCCAAAGUUUAAAAGUAGUCUUCUUGAGGCUGUGGAAGUCUUUCGUGAGGAUGUAAUGAACUUCGCAGAAUCAUAUGAGACGGAAGGACCGAUGGUUCCAAAUAUUCCACCCCAAGAAGCUAGUAACAGGCUACAGAUAUUUCAGGCCAAUUUUGAUGAUCUGUGGAGGAAGUUUGUUACAUAUUCAUCCGGUGAACAACUUUUUGGAUUGCCUGUGACUGAUUAUGAGGUUUUACACAAAACUAGAAAAGAGCUCAACUUGCUGCAGAAGCUGUAUGGACUAUAUGAUACUGUAAUGAACAAUAUUAGUGGUUAUUAUGAAAUACUUUGGGGAGAUGUAGACAUUGAAAAAAUUAAUGCAGAACUGCAGGAAUUUCAAAACAGGUGUCGUAAACUCCCAAAAGGGCUUAAAGAUUGGCAAGCUUUUUUGGAUCUGAAAAAAAGAAUUGAUGAUUUCAGUGAGUCAUGUCCUCUGCUGGAAAUGAUGACCAAUAAGGCAAUGAAACAGAGACACUGGGACAGAAUCUCUGAGUUAACUGGAACCCCAUUUGAUGUGGAAUCUGAUUCUUUUUGUCUUAGAAAUAUUAUGGAAGCACCACUACUUAAACAUAAGGAUGACAUUGAGGAUAUUUGCAUAUCUGCCAUUAAGGAGAAGGAUAUUGAAGCCAAGCUGACUCAGGUGAUUGAAAAUUGGACCAACCAGAACCUGAGUUUUGCAGCAUUUAAGGGAAGGGGAGAGCUCCUUCUCAAAGGAACUGAAUCAGGAGAAAUUAUCACUUUGAUGGAGGAUAGUUUAAUGGUCUUAGGUUCCUUACUAAGCAACAGAUAUAAUGCUCCAUUUAAAAAAACGAUCCAGAAUUGGGUGUAUAAAUUGUCUACUUCCUCAGAUAUAAUUGAAGAGUGGCUAGUAGUCCAGAACCUUUGGGUUUAUCUUGAAGCUGUCUUUGUAGGUGGAGAUAUUGCCAAACAGCUGCCUCAGGAAGCAAAGCGGUUUCAGAAUAUUGACAAGUCAUGGAUGAAGAUAAUGCAGCGAGCUCACGAGAACCCCAAUGUGAUCAGUUGCUGUGUUGGAGAUGAAACCAUGGGGCAGCUUUUACCUCAUUUGCAUGAACAGUUGGAAGUAUGUCAGAAGUCACUCACAGGGUAUUUGGAGAAGAAGAGAUUACUGUUUCCAAGAUUCUUCUUUGUAUCUGAUCCAGUUCUCCUGGAAAUUCUUGGACAAGCCAGUGACUCCCACACCAUACAGCCACAUCUCCCUGCAGUAUCUGACAACAUAAAUGAGGUGACAUUUCAUGCAAAAGACUACGAUCGUAUCCUGGCCGUCGUAUCAAGAGAAGGAGAAAAAAUUAUUUUGGAUAGUCCUGUUAUGGCCAAAGGUCCUGUGGAGAUUUGGCUUAUGGAUUUGUUAAAAAUGCAGAUGUCGUCCCUACAUAAUAUAAUUAGAUCUGCAUUCUACCAAAUCAGCGAUUCAGGAUUUCAACUCUUACCUUUCCUCAACCACUUCCCAGCACAGGUGGGGCUUCUGGGAAUUCAGAUGUUGUGGACACAUGAUUCAGAAGAGGCUUUAAAUAAUGCAAAAGAUGACAGGAAAAUCAUGCAUGUGACCAAUCAGAAAUUUUUGGAUAUUCUAAAUACUCUAAUUAGUCAGACAACACAUGACCUAAGCAAGUUUGAUAGAGUGAAGUUUGAAACUCUGAUUACCAUCCAUGUGCAUCAGAGAGAUAUUUUUGAUGACUUGGUAAAAAUGCAUAUCAAAUCAGUUACUGACUUUGAAUGGCUAAAACAGAGUAGAUUUUAUUUUAAGGAAGAUUUGGAUCAAACUGUGGUGUCUAUUACAGAUGUGGAUUUUAUUUACCAGAAUGAAUUUCUGGGAUGCACUGACCGUCUUGUCAUCACUCCAUUAACAGAUAGAUGCUACAUCACUUUAGCGCAGGCUUUGGGAAUGAACAUGGGAGGUGCUCCAGCAGGACCCGCGGGCACUGGCAAAACAGAAACUACGAAAGACAUGGGAAGAUGUUUGGGGAAAUACGUGGUCGUGUUUAACUGCUCAGAUCAAAUGGAUUUCCGAGGGCUAGGACGGAUUUUUAAAGGUCUUGCACAGUCGGGUUCUUGGGGCUGUUUUGAUGAGUUUAACAGAAUUGAAUUGCCUGUAUUAUCAGUGGCAGCCCAACAGAUUUAUAUUGUUUUGACAGCGAGAAAAGAGAGAAAAAAACAGUUCAUUUUUUCUGAUGGUGAUUGUGUUGAUUUGAAUCCAGAAUUUGGGAUCUUCCUAACAAUGAACCCUGGAUAUGCUGGGCGCCAGGAACUACCAGAAAACUUAAAAAUUCAGUUUAGAACUGUUGCUAUGAUGGUUCCUGAUAGACAGAUCAUUAUGCGAGUUAAACUUGCAAGCUGUGGUUUUCUUGAAAAUGUUAUCUUGGCUCAGAAGUUUUAUGUUCUUUACAAACUCUGUGAAGAGCAACUUACCAAACAGGUUCAUUAUGACUUUGGGUUGAGAAAUAUUCUAUCUGUUUUGAGGACACUUGGAGCUCAAAAAAGAGCCAGACCAGAAGACAGUGAGCUAAGCACUGUCAUGAGAGGACUGAGAGACAUGAACCUUUCCAAGCUGGUUGACGAAGAUGAACCCCUGUUUCUCAGCUUAAUCAAUGACCUGUUUCCGGGAUUACAACUGGAUAGUAGUACCCAUGUGGAGCUGCAGGCUGCUGUAGCCAACCAGGUUCAAAUAGAAGGUUUGAUUAACCACCCACCCUGGAAUCUCAAACUUGUGCAGUUAUACGAGACAUCUCUGGUCCGUCAUGGUUUGAUGACUCUGGGGCCCAGUGGUUCUGGGAAGACGACUGUCAUAACAAUCCUGAUGAAGGCAUUAACUGAGUGCGGGAGGCCGCACAGAGAGAUGCGAAUGAAUCCCAAAGCAAUUACUGCGCCUCAGAUGUUUGGCAGACUGGACACCGCUACUAAUGACUGGACAGAUGGGAUUUUUUCUACUCUGUGGAGAAAAACGUUAAAAGCAAAAAAAGGUGAAAAUAUUUUCCUCAUUUUAGAUGGCCCUGUGGAUGCCAUUUGGAUCGAGAACUUAAAUUCUGUGCUGGACGACAAUAAAACCCUCACGCUAGCUAAUGGAGAUCGCAUCCCCAUGGCCCCAAGUUGUAAGCUUCUAUUCGAGGUGCACAAUAUUGAGAACGCUUCUCCCGCCACGGUUUCCAGGAUGGGCAUGGUCUAUAUUAGCAGCUCCGCGCUCAGUUGGAGGGCAAUAUUGCAGGCGUGGCUGAAGAAGCGCACUGCACAGGAGGCGACUGUAUUCCUCACUCUGUACGAUAAAAUAUUUGAAGAUACAUAUACGUAUAUGAAACUAAACCUCAAUCCAAAAAUGCAGCUCCUGGAGUGCAACUAUAUCAUGCAGUCUCUCAAUCUACUGGAAGGUUUAAUUCCCUCCAAAGAAGAAGGUGGUGUUUCAUGUGUCGAACAUCUUCAUAAAUUAUUUGUGUUUGGCCUAAUGUGGAGUUUAGGAGCCCUUUUGGAGCUGGAAAGCAGAGAAAAGCUUGAGGCCUUUAUACGAAAUCAUGAAAGCAAGUUAGACUUACCAGAAAUACCUAAAGGCACGAGUCAGACCAUGUAUGAGUUUUAUGUUACUGAUUAUGGAGAUUGGGAACACUGGAAUAAGAAACUUCAGCCAUAUUAUUAUCCAACUGACAGUAUUCCAGAAUAUUCAUCCAUUUUGGUUCCAAAUGUUGACAAUGUUAGAACAAAUUUUUUGAUAGACACCAUUGCAAAACAACAGAAAGCCGUUUUGCUCACAGGAGAGCAGGGAACAGCCAAAACUGUAAUGGUUAAGGCCUAUUUGAAAAAAUAUGAUCCUGAAGUACAGUUAUCCAAAAGUCUAAAUUUUUCAUCUGCCACAGAACCCAUAAUGUUUCAGAGAACAAUGGAAAGCUAUGUGGAUAAGCGAAUGGGAAGCACAUAUGGGCCACCAGGAGGCAGGAAAAUGACUGUAUUUAUUGAUGAUAUUAAUAUGCCUGUGAUUAAUGAAUGGGGAGAUCAGAUAACUAAUGAGAUUGUGCGACAAAUGAUGGAAAUGGAAGGAAUGUAUAGCUUGGAUAAGCCUGGAGACUUCACUACUAUUGUUGAUGUACAGAUCAUAGCAGCAAUGAUCCACCCUGGAGGUGGUCGAAAUGAUAUUCCCCAACGUUUAAAAAGACAGUUUACUGUGUUUAAUUGCACAUUGCCUUCAAAUGCUUCAAUAGAUAAAAUUUUUGGACUUAUUGGCUGUGGGUACUUUGAUCCUUGCAGAAAGUUCAAACUUGAAGUAUGUGAGAUGAUUGCAAAUUUAGUUUCAGCAGGCAGAGUGCUGUGGCAGUGGACGAAGGUGAAGAUGCUGCCAACUCCUUCUAAAUUUCAUUACAUUUUCAAUCUUCGAGAUCUUUCCAGAAUUUGGCAAGGAAUGUUAACCAUAAAAGCCGAGGAGUGUGAUUCGAUAUCUAUUCUCCUAUCACUUUUCAAACACGAGUGCAACAGAGUAAUUGCAGACAGAUUUAUAACUCCUGAAGAUGAGCAAUGGUUUAAUAUCCAUCUUGUUCGAGCAGUUGAAGAGAAUAUUAACCCAGAUGUGACUUCAUAUAUUCUUCCUGAGCCAUACUUUGUAGAUUUUCUCCGUGAGAUGCCUGAACCAACUGGUGAUGAACCUGAGGAUUCUGUGUUUGAAGUGCCCAAAAUUUAUGAACUGGACCGCUUCUGCACUAUGAGGGUGCAGUGGAAUAGUUGUGACAAACCCUAUGGGCCACAAAGCUUUAAUCCUGCCCUUUACAGAAAAAGUUUGCCAACUCUUGGCAACAAUCUUGAGAUAGAAACUAUAACAGGAAGAUAUUAUCUUCAUUUUGCAGAGGAGGAAACAGAAGCUGAGGAAUGUAAAGGAACAUUUCCAAAGCUGCAGAAUGGGGAUUUGAACACAGGUCCUUCUGGUUCUAAUGCCUGUGGCUUACAGACAACUCCCUAUGACUUGCACCAUACAACCUCUUUCAAGUCUUAUAAUGUGAAUAAUCUAACAGAUGACUUAAAAGGUCUGUACAAAGUUGCUGGUGCUGAUGGAAAAGGUAUCACCUUCAUCUUUACAGACAAUGAAAUAAAAGAUGAGGCAUUUCUAGAAUAUCUUAACAACCUGUUAUCUUCAGGAGAGAUCUCCAAUCUGUUUGCACGAGAUGAGAUGGAUGAAAUCACCCAAGGUCUGAUAUCGGUGAUGAAAAAGGAGCUGCCUCGCCACGCUCCUACCUUUGAUAAUCUGUAUGAGUACUUCAUUUCAAGAUCAAGGAAGAACUUGCAUGUUGUUCUCUGCUUCUCUCCAGUUGGUGAGAAGUUCCGAGCCCGUUCUUUGAAGUUUCCUGGCUUGAUAUCAGGUUGCACCAUGGACUGGUUUAGUCGCUGGCCAAAGGAGGCCUUGAUUGCGGUGGCCUCCUAUUUCCUUUCAGGCUAUAGUAUUGUCUGCUCCAGUGACACUAAACGACAAGUCGUAGAAACAAUGGGCCUCUUCCAUGACAUGGUUUCCGAGAGCUGUGAAAAUUACUUCCAACGAUACCGCCGAAGAGCACACGUGACUCCCAAGUCUUAUCUCUCAUUUAUAAAUGGUUAUAAAAACAUUUAUACUGAAAAGGUGAAACAUAUCAAUGAACAAGCUGAACGUAUGAAUAUUGGUCUUGAUAAGCUUAUGGAGGCGAGCGAAUCUGUGGCUAAGCUCUCUCAGGAUCUUGCAGUAAAGGAGAAGGAGUUGGCAGUGGCUUCCGUAAAAGCAGAUGAAGUACUGGCAGAAGUCACAGUAAGUGCUCAGGCUUCAGCCAAAGUGAAAAACGAAGUGCAGGAGGUGAAAGACAAAGCCCAAAAAAUUGUGGAUGAAAUUGACACUGAGAAAGUAAAAGCUGAGACCAAGCUGGAGGCGGCCAAACCUGCCCUUGAAGAAGCAGAGGCAGCCCUGAAUACUAUCAAACCAAAUGAUAUCGCCACAGUCAGGAAACUUGCAAAGCCCCCGCAUCUUAUUAUGAGAAUCAUGGACUGUGUCCUACUACUAUUUCAAAAGAAAAUUGACCUAGUCACUAUGGAUCCAGAAAAACCUUGCUGCAAGCCUUCCUGGGGAGAGUCAUUAAAAUUGAUGAGUGCAACAGGGUUCCUAUGGAGCCUUCAGCAGUUCCCCAAGGAUACUAUAAAUGAAGAGACUGUUGAGUUGCUGCAGCCAUAUUUUAACAUGGAUGAUUAUUCUUUGGAAAAUGCCAAAAAAGUCUGUGGGAAUGUGGCUGGUCUGCUGUCUUGGACCCUUGCUAUGGCAACAUUUUAUGGUAUCAAUAGAGAAGUGUUACCUCUGAAGGCUAACCUGGCCAAGCAGGAGGGCCGUCUGGCGGUUGCUAAUGCUGAGCUGGGGAAGGCACAGGCUCUGCUCGAUGAGAAACAAGGCGAGCUGGAUAAAGUACAAGCAAAAUUUGAUGCAGCCAUGAAUGAGAAAAUGGAUUUGGUAAAUGAUGCGGAUAUGUGCCGGAAAAAGAUGCAGGCAGCUUCCACCCUCAUCGAUGGGCUGAGUGGAGAAAAGAUCCGAUGGACUCAGCAAAGCAAAGAGUUCAAAGCUCAGAUUAAUAGACUCGUGGGUGAUAUUCUGCUGUGCACCGGAUUCCUUUCCUACCUUGGUCCUUUCAAUCAGAUAUUUAGGAACUAUUUGCUUAAAGAUCAGUGGGAGAUAGAGCUGAGAGCUCGGAAGAUUCCUUUCACGGAAAACCUGAAUCUUAUUUCAAUGUUGGUGGAUCCUCCAACAAUUGGGGAGUGGGGGCUGCAGGGAUUACCAGGAGAUGACCUCUCAAUCCAGAAUGGCAUCAUUGUGACGAAGGCCACCAGGUACCCACUCCUCAUAGACCCACAGACUCAAGGCAAAACUUGGAUUAAAUCAAAGGAAAGAGAAAAUGACUUGCAAGUAACAUCUCUGAACCAUAAAUAUUUCCGCACACACUUGGAGGACAGCCUUUCCUUGGGCCGACCCCUUCUCAUUGAGGACAUUCGUGAAGAGCUGGAUCCAGCCCUGGAUAAUGUAUUAGAAAAGAAUUUCAUUAAAUCAGGCACCACAUUCAAGGUGAAAGUCGGUGAUAAAGAAUGUGAUAUCAUGGAUACAUUUAAACUUUAUAUUACUACGAAGUUACCCAACCCUGCCUUUACCCCUGAGAUCAAUGCUAAAACGUCGGUCAUUGAUUUUACCGUGACUAUGAAAGGACUCGAGAAUCAGUUAUUAAGGAGAGUGAUUUUAACUGAGAAACAGGAAUUAGAGUCUGAGAGAGUUAAACUUUUGGAGGAUGUGACUUCCAACAAGCGCAAGAUGAAGGAGCUUGAAGACAACCUUCUCUACAAGUUAAGCGCCACAAAAGGUUCCUUGGUAGAUGACGAAUCUCUCAUCGGUGUUCUCCGAAUCACCAAGCAGACAGCAGCUGAAGUAAGUGAAAAGCUGCAUGUGGCCGCAGAGACGGAGAUCAAAAUUAACACAGCUCAGGAGGAGUUCCGGCCUGCGGCCACCCGUGGAAGCAUCCUCUACUUUCUCAUCACAGAGAUGAGUAUGGUCAACAUCAUGUACCAGACCUCACUCGCCCAGUUCUUAAAGUUAUUUGACCAGUCCAUGGCCAGAUCUGAGAAGUCUCCGCUACCUCAAAAGAGAAUUACAAAUAUUAUUGAGUAUCUGACAUACGAAGUUUUUACAUACUCUGUCAGAGGCCUGUAUGAAAACCACAAAUUCCUCUUUGUACUCCUCAUGACCUUGAAGAUUGAUCUUCAGAGAGGAACAGUGAAGCACAGAGAGUUUCAGGCUCUCAUUAAAGGGGGAGCAGCUCUGGAUCUGAAAGCCUGCCCUCCUAAGCCAUUUCGCUGGAUCCUGGAUAUGACCUGGCUGAAUCUUGUAGAGCUGAGUAAACUUCCACAGUUUGCAGAAAUUCUGAACCAGAUAUCUCGUAAUGAGAAGGGAUGGAAAAGCUGGUUUGAUAAAGAUGCUCCAGAGGAAGAAAUUAUCCCUGAUGGAUAUAAUGAUUCACUGGAUACUUGCCGCAAACUUUUACUUAUCAGGUCUUGGUGUCCAGACCGUACUGUUUUUCAAGCAAGAAAGUAUAUUGCAGAUUCUUUGGAGGAGAAGUACACAGAACCAGUUAUCUUAAAUCUGGAGAAAACUUGGGAAGAAAGUGAUACACGGACACCUUUGAUAUGUUUCUUGUCCAUGGGAUCUGAUCCCACAAUUCAAAUUGAUGCAUUGGCCAAGAAACUGAAGCUGGAAUGCAGAACUAUCUCAAUGGGACAAGGACAAGAGGUACAUGCUCGAAAGCUGAUUCAGAUGUCCAUGCAGCAGGGUGGCUGGGUAUUACUGCAAAAUUGUCACCUUGGCCUAGAAUUCAUGGAAGAAUUGCUAGAGACAUUAAUUACCACUGAAGCCAAUGAUGACUCCUUCCGAGUGUGGAUAACUACUGAGCCCCAUGAUCGAUUUCCAAUCACAUUGCUUCAGACUUCUCUCAAAUUCACUAAUGAGCCACCACAAGGCGUACGCGCAGGUUUGAAAAGAACAUUUGCUGGAAUUAAUCAAGACCUUCUGGAUAUCAGUAAUUUACCCAUGUGGAAGCCCAUGCUUUACACAGUAGCGUUUUUACACUCCACCGUGCAGGAGCGACGCAAAUUUGGUCCCUUAGGAUGGAAUAUUCCCUAUGAAUUCAAUUCUGCUGACUUUGCAGCCAGUGUCCAGUUCAUUCAGAAUCACCUUGAUGAAUGUGAUAUUAAAAAAGGUGUAUCAUGGAGUACUGUUCGGUACAUGAUUGGAGAAGUUCAAUAUGGAGGCCGAGUGACAGAUGACUUUGAUAAACGUCUACUUAAUUGCUUUGCUAGAGUAAGUCAAUUUACAGAAAAAGCUUUUCACUCUUUUAUCAGGUAUCAGAGUAGCACUGCUUCUGCUGUUCUUGAAACAAUUACCAACAUUCAACCCAAAGAGAGUGGAGGCGGUGUGGGAGAGACCCGGGAAGCCAUCGUUUAUAGAUUAUCUGAAGAUAUGCUGAGCAAACUGCCUCCUGAUUACAUUCCUCACGAGGUGAAAGCUCGUUUGGUAAAGAUGGGACAUCUUAAUUCAAUGAACAUAUUUCUUAGACAAGAAAUUGACAGAAUGCAAAAAGUCAUCUCAAUCCUUCGCAGUAGCCUGAGUGAUCUAAAAUUGGCCAUUGAAGGAACAAUCAUUAUGAGUGAGAAUUUGAGAGAUGCCCUGGACAACAUGUAUGAUGCUCGCAUACCUCAGAUCUGGAAAAGAGUGUCCUGGGAUUCAUCCACACUGGGCUUCUGGUUUACUGAACUUCUGGAAAGAAAUGCUCAGUUUUCUACUUGGAUAUUUGAAGGGAGGCCCAAUGUAUUUUGGAUGACUGGUUUCUUUAAUCCCCAAGGCUUCCUCACAGCAAUGAGGCAAGAAGUGACUCGUGCCCACAAAGGCUGGGCCCUGGACUCCGUGACCAUCCACAACGAAGUUCUGCGGCAGACCAAGGAGGAGAUCACAUCGCCCCCUGUGGAAGGUGUGUAUAUUUAUGGGCUGUAUAUGGAUGGAGCCGCCUGGGACAGACGGAAUGGGAAGCUUACGGAAUCCACCCCCAAGGUGCUCUUCACGCAGCUGCCUGUGCUGCACAUCUUCGCCAUUAAUCCCGCUGCGCCCAAGGACCCCAAGCUCUAUGUGUGUCCUGUUUACAAGAAGCCCAGGCGUACCGACUUGACCUUCAUCACUGUGGUGUAUUUGCGAACGGUUUUGUCCCCAGAUCACUGGAUCCUGAGAGGAGUGGCUCUUCUGUGUGACAUCAAGUAAAUUCAUUUC